AUGCAAAAGGUCAGAGAUGUCAUUGAAAAGUGGAAAAAUAUUGAUGAUGCAGUUGAAGAAUUCAAGAAAGGCUGGGCAAAAAGCCUGCCAAGAGUUUUGGAUGGCUUCAAGGAAAUAUUGGACCAAGCCGAAGCCAAAUGAAAUUCCCCGAUUGUGGAUGAAAAAGUUUUCUUUACUUAUGCUGAAAGAAAUGGACACAUUUUAAAAGAAAUCAUAAGAAAUAUUGACGAAGGCUCAUUAUCCUUACUACCCCCUUGGCCAUCAAGUAAGAUAUUUUUGCUCGCUAAGGAAGGGUGCAAAUUUUUUAAAAAAAAAAUUGUAUAUAGUUUUGUAUUUUUAAAAUAAAAUAUAGGAAGAAUCUCAAAAAAUUAAUAAAAUUGUCCCAUCAUAUCAUUAAUUAUAUGCCAAAUUAUUAUUAUUUCUAAAAAAAAAAAUUAUUUUUAAAAAUGAGGUCCUAAUUUUUCAAAAUAGGGGGUUUUCUAAAGGCUAUUUUGCUAACCCAAGAGGGAAUUAGAAAUUUCACCACUACAAGAAUCCUUCGAAAAAAUCCUGAAUUGUGAAUGAAAUGCUGAUUUUAGCCUCAAUAAAAAGCAGUUCUCCGAUCUAAAAUCAUUUGUGAUAAAGCAGCUUUCAGAAGGAUUAAAACAACUAAUUAAAAUUCUCGGUACAAGUUCUUCGCAUCCCCAAAUUUUGGCCAUGACUUCAAGGCUGCUAACCACCUCAGGAUUUUCUGAACAAAAUAAUAAGCUAUUAAAAGAGCUAUUAAAAGCUACAGGAAACAUUGCAACUGAUUUAAGUUUUUCAUACAUAGACACUCACGAAUUAUGCGAAAAAAUUAUUGAAGAUCUUAACAGACUUACUUCUUCAGAUGACGUUGUCCUUGGUAACGCAAAAUCUUUAAGGUUAAAAAAGCCAGGAAAUGCAGCCCAACAUAGAAGGAAAAAAAUUAUGAUGAGAAAAUCAAUCUCAUUUAAGCUUUCUCAAGUAAAUGAGGCUCAGCAAGCAUCUACCACAAAUAUCGCUUCAAUUAUUUCUACCUUAAACCUAUUUUCACAGUAUUUCUUGUCAAACCCUAUCCAAGCUUUGCCUCUGGAAAACCUAUUCUUGGUGCAAGUCCCAAAAAUCCCAUACGAGCUUGUCCCUUCAUACAUAAAAUCAUUAACUCUUUUCUCUCUACACACAAAUAAAGGCAAAAAACGAGUUGUGGCGCUUCUUUCUUCUCUGCUCAAAAAUACAGAAUUGCGUGCGACCUGCAGAUUUUACCUUUAUAUCAUUAAUAACCAAUUAGGACACUAA